AUGUCUAAAUUCAAAUGGAGAGAUUUAAUACAGUUGAAUUCGAAGGAUGAAGCUUAUAAAUCAGAACUUUGCUGCCUUUGUCAUAUAGAUCUUAAUGCUUUUUUUGCACAGGUAGAGCAAGUUCGAUGUGGGUACACCAAGGACGAUCCAGUUGUUUGCGUACAGUGGAGUUCAAUUAUAGCAAUAUCUUAUGCUGCAAGAAAGCAUGACAUUACUAGAAUGGAUAGUAUUAAAGAUGCUUUAAAGAAAUCGAAUAAUAAACUGAUACCCAUACACACUGCAGUUUACAAAAAAGGUGAAGAUUUUUGGCAAUAUCACGAUGGAUGUGGGUCUUGGAUGCAAGAGGCAUCCAAACAACUUUCUCCAGAGCAAUACAAAGUAUCAUUGAAUCCAUAUCGUAGGGAGGGAAGAAAGAUUUUUAAAAUAUUUAAGGAUUUUUGUGAUUUGGUGGAAAUUGCAAGUGUUGAUGAAGGAUUUCUGGAUAUCAGUCGACUUUGCCUUCAACAGUUGUUAUUUGAAGAAGAUAUUUUGGAAAAGUGUAAAGAAGAUAGUGAGGGAAAAUCUCUUCAAGAGAGAUUUAUUGCAGGUGACUAUGAUUUGGACUCAUAUUUACCUCCUGUUCCUGAUACCCUUAAAACGUUAAAAUUUGAAGGCUUUGUUUAUGAUGCAGAGUUUGGGUCAUUGAUUGAUGAUUGGGACGAUGUAAUAUUUGCAUUGGGAUCACAGAUUAGUCAAAAAAUUAGAAACCAUGUUCGUGAUACACUGGGAUAUACCACUUCUUGUGGAAUUGCUCGUACUAAAACAGUUUGUAAAUUAGGCUCAAACUUCAAGAAACCGGAUGCUCAGACGAUUAUUAGAAACAAGAGCAUAACAAAAUUUUUUGAUAAUGGAAAUAUCGAGCUGACCAAUUUUUGGACUAUGGGAGGAAAACUAGGACAAAAUUUAAUUCAUAUUUUAAACUUACCAACACAAGGUUCUAUCAAGGCACUCCGGGAGAGAUGGGAUGAUCCUGUCGAGAUUAAUAAAUACAUGAAUGAAAGAUUACUUGAACUGAAUGGGAACGGAGAAGACUUUGAAAUGGAUGAUGACAAAAAAGAAGCGGUGACGCAGAAAUUAUUUGACCUUGUUCGUGGCCAACAUUGUUUGCCCGUGAAUCCAAGACCAAUAAUUAAAUCAAUGAUGUCAAAUAAAAAUUUAAGAGGUAAUUCUUGUAAAAACAUCAUUGAUUGUAUGCAAUGGUUAGAUAUUUUCGGUAACGAAUUGGCUGACCGUGUUAAUGAAUUGGAACAAGAAUAUCAUAAAAUAUGUAUACCAAAAACAAUAUCAAUUAGUGUAAAGACUAAUGAGUGGAAAACAUAUUCCAAAUCAUCACCAUUGCAUUGUAGGGGCUCCAAUAUAAGUAGUCUUGAUAUUAUCCGUACCGCUAGCAAACUGAUAAACGAAUUCAAUUUAAAAUAUUCGAAUGUCCCAGAACCCAAUUUUUAUCCCUUGAAACAGUUCAAUGUAGUAAUAUCAAAUUUUGAGAUAUUGGACAUGAAGAAAUCUGUAAUUGAAAUGAUUGGGAAUGUGAAGGGUGAUUAUUCUAAAAAGGAUCUCCCAGAGUCAAUUCCACAUGCUGAACCCCGUGAUACAGAAGUAUUUAUUGGUAACUGGAAGUGCCAGGAUUGUAAUAUAGAAUUUGAAUCGGAAAGUGCUUUUAACGAACACAAUGAUUACCAUGUUGCGUUGCGGCUAUCUGAGAGUCUAAAUGGUGCCGACGUUAAUUCGAAGAAUAUUUCUGAGGGUGAAAGAAGAUUAUUAUUAUCAAAUAAGAAUAGACAAGUCGGGUACAUAACGAAACGGAAACAUAAUAAGGACACUAAUUCUACACAGAAGACAAACAUUUUUAAAUUUUUCAAAAAAUAA